AUGCUGGACUCUGAGCUGAUUCUGGUGGCUCUGCUGGCCUGCCUGAGUGCACAUGUGUUGAAGUCUGUCUGGAAGCAGAGGAGUCUCCAGGGGAAGCUGCCUCCAGGUCCCUUCAUUGGAAACUACCUGUAGCUGGACAAGAAUGAGAUGUGGAGCAGCCUCAUGAAGGUCAGCCAGCACUAUGGCCCCGUGUUCACCAUCCACUUGGGGACUUGCUGGGUUAUGGUGUUGUGUGGAUAUGAUGCAGUAAAGGAGUCGCUGGUGGAUCAGGCUCAGGAGUUCAGUGGGAGAGGCCAGCAGGCCACCUUUGACCACCUCUUCAAAGGCUAUGGUGUGGCCUUCAGCAACGGGGAGCGCACCAAGCAACUCAAGCGCUUCUGCCUCCACGUGCUGCGGGAACUCCGCGUGGGGAAGCGGGGCACUGAGCAUCGCAUCCAGCAGGAGGCAGACUUCCUCAUCGAGGCCCUGCAGAGCACACGCGGUACCUUCAUUGAGCCCUUCUUCUAUGUGAACAAAACAGUCUCCAACAUCAAUAGUUCCAUUGUUUUUGGAGAUCACUUCAAGUACCAGGAGAAAGAGUUUCUGUUACUGAUACAGAUGAUUGAAACCUGCCAGAGAUUCACAAAUAUGGGUCUCAUCACCAUGGUUCACAAGGUCAUCAAGGACAUCAAAUUUCAGGACUUCUUCCUACCCAAGGGCACUGAUGUGAUCUCUAUGCUGUGCUCCCUGCUGAUUGACCCCAGGUUCUUCUCCACACCUGAUGAUUUCAACCCCCAGCACUUUCUGGAUGACAAGGGACAACAGAAGAAGGUUGAUGCUCACCUUUCCAUGGGUAAGCCCUUUUCCAUGGGCAAGCAGGGCUCCUUGGGAGAAGGCCUGGCUACCAUGGAGCUCUUUCUCUUUCUCCACACCAUCAUUCAAAAAUUCUGCUUCAAGUGUUCCCUGGGAGCAACAACUGGUGCCCCGUGUGAGGAAGACGAAGUCACCAACAGGCCAAUCGGACUGCGGGCGGCCAUACCCGCUCCUUAUCAGGAACAGGUAUGCACUUUAGGCUUGGUGGCCUGGAAGAAAAUUGAGGAGGGCCCCUCAGAGCCCCCAAUCUCAGGUAUGCAAAAACCUUGGUGGACUCUUUGCCUCAUCAUCACCGGACUGCUCAUCAUCUCUCUGUUGGUGUUCAUUAGUGCCAUCAUCAUCCAAGCUUUCUUGGAGCACCUGGAGCUAUACCAUAAGUAUCAAAACCAUACUAAACCCUACAUCCCUCUGCUUACCAUGAGACCUUUAGUAACCCUUUGCUUCCUAACUCAACAGUUCUGUGAAUGUGAUCAGCUCGUGCUUGCCAUAUCAUCCUAUGGGGCUCUCACCCUUGUGAAUUCCACGUACCUUGCUGACCUUUAA